AUGGGAGUGUCCCUACAACGAAACUUAGAGUCCGAAGAAAAUCAACGAGCUAGGCGGACUCUGCAAAUUACCACAUUGCGCGUAGGCUUCCGAUUCCAAAUCGGGUUGUUGUGGAAGUACGAUACCUUCGAAUUUCCUGAUAGCAACUUCACGGCUGUGCGAAGGCUGGAAUGUCUGGAGCGACGUAUGUUGGCGGAUCCUGAACUCGGUUCCAAUGUUCGUAGGCAGAUAGAGGAGUACAAAAUAAAAGGGUAUAUUGAGAAAGCAUCCAAGGCUGAUUUGAUCGCGGUGGAUCCACGAAAAGUUUGGUAUUUACCACUGGGCGUGGUUAUUAAUCCUAAAAAGCCAGGUAAAAUCCGCAUCUUCUGUGACGCAGCAGCGAAAGUGGAUGGGGUGAGCUUAAACACAAUGCUGAGUAAGGGGCCGGAUCUGCUUGUACCGUUGAAGUCAGUUCUAACCGGAUUCCGAGAACGACAAAUAGCUCUAUGUGCGGAUGUGAAAGAAAUGUUUCACCAGAUGCUUAUGCGAAAGGAAGAUAAACACGCCCAGCGAAUUUUAUGGAGAGAUGACCCAAACCAUGAGCCACAAGUGUACUUCAUGAGUGUGGCCACUUUCGGAGCUGCCAGUUCGCCGUGUUCGGCACAAUUUGUUAAGAACCUAAACGCAAGCGAAUAUGCAGAUCGAUAUCCAGAAGCUACAGACGCAAUAAUACGUAAACAUUAUGUUGACGACUAUCUGGACAGCGUGGACAGUGGAGAUGAAGCGAUCAAGAGAGCGAAAGAGGUUGCUUUUGUUCAUUCCCGAGGCGGAUUUAUUAUUCGUGGGUGGAUGUCCAACUCGAAGGAAGUUCUGCAAAAGCUGGGUGAAACAACGAGCGCCGACGUUAAGGAGUUCUCGAUGGAGACUGGCCACUGUUCGGAACGUGUGUUGGGAGUGUUGUGGUUACCGGAAGAAGAUGCGUUCACGUACGCGGCUAACUUUGUGGCGGUACCUGAAUGGCCUACCAAGAGAGAGCUGCUGAAGACGGUGAUGACUUUAUAUGAUCCUCUGGGAUUUCUUUCACACUUUACCAUUCAUGGGAAAAUCCUAAUCCAGGACGUUUGGCGCAGCAAGGUUACGUGGGAUGAAAGAAUUCCUGUUGAGUUAAGACAACGAUGGGACCAAUGGGUUGCCCUUUUCCCUUCCUUAGCAGCGGUGCGAGUGCAGCGAUGUUAUUUUCCAAGACAGCUGUCAUCGAAAGUCAAGAAUAUACAAUUACACAUGUUUGUAGAUGCCAGUUUAGCCGCCUUCGCGUGUGUGGCCUAUUUACGCACCGAGGUAGAUGGAAAAAUUCAUUGCGCAUUGGUGACUGGGAAGGCAAAGGUCGCCCCUCUCAAAUUGACGUCCGUGCCUCGGCUGGAACUUCAAGCUGCGGUGUUAGGAGCGCGUCUAGUCGAAGACAUCUGCUCCACUCACACUCUACCUAUUGCGAAGAGAUUCAUUUGGACCGAUUCUAAAACAGUGCUGGGAUGGAUUAAUUCGGAUCAACGAAGAUAUAGCCAGUUCGUAGCAUUCCGCGUCGGAGAGAUUCUGGAGAAGACACGUGCUACUGAAUGGCGUUGGAUUCCUUCGGAUAUGAAUGCGUCUGAUGAUGCUACAAAGUGGAAAGGCGAGCCUAAUCUAACCCCGGAGGGUCGCUGGUUUGGGGACCCUGAAGUUUUGCAUAUUAAUGAGGAGUACUGGCCGUCAUCUUCCGAUGUCAUGUACGAUACAACCGAGGAGCGACGGUCCAAUUUGGUGAUCGAGCAUCAUGUAGUUCACUCAGUUUUCGACUGGGAGAGAUUUUCGAAAUGGCACCGUUUGUCUAGAACCGUCGGGUACGUUGUGCGAUAUGUCGGCAAUUUGAAAGCCAAAGCCCGAAAACAUCCCACUACAAAGGGUCCAUUGUGCCAAGAAGAGUUAGCAACGGCGGAGUCGUGGGUCUUUCGUGCGAUUCAAAAGGAGGUCUACCCGAAGGAAGUGGACAUACUGUCUUCUAUUGGCACUCAGAAAGGAGGCUCGAAAUUAGGCUGCGACAGUAGGCUUUUCAAACUUGCUGCAUUCAUUGAUGAGAAAGGGGUCAUGCGUAUGGAAAGCAGAAUCAGCCUGGCUUCGUUCGCGGCUUACGACACAAGGUACCCCAUCAUACUCCCUCGGAAUCACCACGUUACGACCAUCAUCAUAAUGUGGUAUCAUCACAAGUUCCUGCAUGGUAAUAGGGAAACGGUGAUCAACGAAAUGCUCCAGCGUUUCCACGUAUCCUGCCUACGCGUUGUCGUUCGAAGCGUAACCAGAGAGUGCCAGCAAUGCAAGAUUCGUAAAGCGAAACCAUCGGUACCUAGAAUGAGCCCUCUACCAGCUGCCAGACUAGGAGCAUUCUUCCGGCCAUUUACAUUCGUCGGUCUGGAUUAUUUCGGGCCAAUGACUAUUAGAGUUGGUCGAAACAACGUGAAACGCUGGGUUGCGUUAUUCACAUGUCUUUCCAUCCGUGCGGUGCAUCUAGAAGUCGUGCAUUCGCUUUCAACCGAGUCAUGCAAGAUGGCAAUUCGGCGUUUUGUAGCCAGGCGUGGCUCACCAUCAGAAAUAUACAGCGAUAACGCGACAAACUUUCUCGGUGCCUGCAACGAACUUCGAAGCGAGAUUAAAAGCAUUAAUGAAAGCCUUGCGGAGACCUUCACAAACGCCAGUACGAGAUGGCUUUUCAUCCCUCCGUCCGCUCCGCAUAUGGGCGGCGCUUGGGAGCGGAUGGUACGCUCAGUUAAAACAGCUUUCUACGCGAUGACAACUACCAAGCUUCCAACGGAAGAGAUGUUCGGAACGGUAUUAGUGGAGGCCGAAGGUAUUGUCAAUUCCAGGCCUUUGACCUUCCUAGCAUUGGAUGAAGGCAACCAAGAAUCAUUAACACCCAAUCAUUUCCUCCUUAUGAGUUCCAACGGAGUCGUGCAGACUCCGAGGAAAAUCUACGAGUCGAAUGCCAUAUGUCGGAGUGACUGGGACCAUUGUCGUCGCAUGGUGGAUCUAUUCUGGCGGCGUUGGAUCCGCGAGUAUCUGCCUGUAAUAUCAAGAAGGACAAAAUGGUUUGGGGAAGUAAGAUCGGUGAAGCAAGGAGAUUUGGUAAUAAUUAUUGACGAUGGACUCCGCAAUGGAUGGGUGCGUGGACGGGUUCUGAGGGUUCGCAAAGGUCAAGACGGCCGAGUACGCCAAGCGUGGGUGCAAACAUCAGCCGGAGUGCUUCGAAGACCGGUAGCGAAACUUGCGGUGCUGGAUCUGGAUUCUGGUAAAACUGGCACUCAGAGCGGUGACCAGUGUUACGGUUAG